AAGUAUGGAUUGAAGUCGCUAUAAGUACACAAUAAAAAUGAAAGCUUUUAUGAAAAGUGUCAAUGCUGUCGCUCGGAAAAGACAAACUUUAAUCAAAGAUUCUAUUAUAACACAACUUUCAAAUAGUGUUAAGGAAAUACAGUUAUAUCAUAUGGGGGAUACUAUUUCUUCCGAUUCUUUGCAAAUGAACGAGGCCGAAAGUGCUUUAUGUGCCGUCAUCGAGGCAAUGUUUUUACAUGGACUUAAGGAUUCUUUGGUUCACCAGGCUCGGCGUGCCAUUACAGAUCUCGACGAAAGGCCAGAACCAAGUUUCUGGGCCCCACUGUUGAUCAUUUCGCACAAACAAAAUAUUAAUCAGAUUGAAAACCUAUCACAAAUUACAACGGAGAUAGGACAAUGCAGAGCAUGGAUACGGAUGGCAUUAAACGAAUGCCUUUUGUCAUCGUACCUAUCGACCCUGCGACAGGAUUCCUCAGUAUUAAAACCAUAUUAUAAUACGUAUGCCCUAAUACGUGAUAAUGAACUCUUAGAUGUCGCUCAGAGGCUAAUCGAAGGUGUAGAGGCAUUUACGGAGUUCAACUUACCCUGUAAUACGAGCCUAUUAAAUACGUGGCAGCUUCAAAGUUUAGUUCUGGCUGGUAUUUGGUCGCCUACUUUAAGAUCGUGCCCUAUUGCAGCUGGGGUCGAUGUGGCUCAAUCGCUCCAAUCCACAUCCGCGAUCAACUCCGAAACCGGCUCUCUCAGCUCAGCAAUUUCCUUCAACUCUCACAGUUCUGGAAUAGGUGGUCUGUUGUCGUUAAACGAAGAUGAAGCCUUAAAGAUAAUCCUUGCGAAACACUCUUCGGAACAGUCACUCCCAAAACCAAUUUCGGAAGAAGACAAGAAGGCCAGCACAACAGACUUGUCCGAGGUUGUUUCAACCAGCGUCGAAUCGGAGAAAGUCAAUUUUCCAGUCGAAUCGAACUUGGGAAACUCGUUAAAUCACAGGUCGGGCUGGUCCUUUUCUGAAACUCAGGAGAAAUCCGAAAAUUUGGAUAAGGUGGAGGCGGCGAAUACGCAAACCGAACAUCCGAAGUCGAUGGAAACCAGCUAUAACGAUUUGAUAGAGAGCUACAACUUGUUAGGUGGCACUUACUUGAAGACUUCCGAUCUUAAGGAGGUUUGGCAAAAUUUUCAGGAUCAGCGCUCGACUGAAAUGGGAAGUUCUGUCCAAAUGGACGAAACUGCUGUGGAGGUGUGUGAGUCACUGGAAUACAGCCUUGAGAAGUCUAUGCUGCAGUGCAUAUUAUAUAUUGCUCGCGAACAGGGGCUGGAUUUUCAGAACUACCAAUGUGCUGAAUGUAAGGAAAACCUGUCACUAUUGCCUAAACCCAAGACAUGUGGAUUCACUGCAAAGUACUACUGUGAUAAUUGCAUGAGCGAAGAGCUUGUGUGUUUACCCGCUCGUGUUAUACAUAACUGGGAUUUCAAAGUGUACCAAGUAUCUCAAAAUGCCUUCACGUAUAUUACCGAAAUGAUGACUCGUCCCACCAUUGACUUAAAGCUCUUAAACCCUUGUAUUUAUUCGGUAUCUACCGAAAUGGCCAAGUUACAAAAUUUAAGGAUCCAGUUGAACUUCCUACGAGAUUACCUUUACACGUGUCGUGAACCCGUAAUAGAAGAAUUACAGAACCAAAUUGGUGGAAAGGAUUACUUGUAUGAACACGUUCAUCAGUAUUCAAUCGCUGAUUUGGCAGAAAUUCGGAGUGGGGCGUUAUCUCAACAUCUGCAAAAGGUUGUUCAAUUUGGAGUGGAUCAUGUUCACAAUUGUUGGUUGUGUAGUCAGAAGGGUUUCAUCUGCGAAGUGUGUAAAAAAUCAAAAGUGCUGUAUCCGUUCGAGAUGGAUAAUGUCUACAGGUGUAAUGUUUGUAAUGCGAUUUAUCAUAAUGGAUGCCUUAAUUCGAGUCAACUUUGUCGAAAAUGUGACCGGAAAAAGAAGAGGGAAGAUCUACCACUUCUGGGUGCUACUAUAGAAUAGAAAUUUUGUUACUUGUUUCGUUUUGUAAGUGAAAUAUUUAUUUUAUUUGUAAACCUUCGUUUUACAAUUUUACAAGUUGUAUUUUAACAUAAUUUGAUAUUAAAAUAUUUGAGGUA